UUGACUAAAAUGGGCCACCGUAGUAACAGAAGGCCUGCAUUGAUUAGCUUUAUAUUUCUCCCACUGACUAUUUGUAUAUUUGUAGUUUACAGUUAAAAACGAGCGCACAUCAGAUAUAUGUGCUGGUUAAACUCUCUUUAGUUUAUAUCGCUGGAGUAGCAAUUACCACCAAAACGCGCUUUAAAGCAACAGAAAGGCAUUCCCUUUUAUGACAGACGGCGUCACUCCUUAUUUGCAGCACACCAGUUAAGCUCAGCUAAUUAGCUAGCAUUACUUUGCUUCCACGGCAGCGGGUCAUAGGAUGUCGUACAGGAAAACUUUUAAACUAAUUUGUGGCGUCGCCGGAGGUUCUGCCGUGUUGGUAUUUGCCGCUACAACUGCCGACUCUCGCGGAUACUUCGGUGAGCACCGCGGAGACGCGGCCAGUCGGUGGUCGAGAUUCACUGUCCUUCAGGCUGCUCAGCCGGCGUGGUCAUCCGCCAGCCACACACCAGUCCCGACUGGACACGCGUGGGACUUCAACUGGGACAAGAGAGACCCAUCUCUGUUAUCUAAUGGGAAAAAGAAAGAGAAAGUGACUGAAGACCCCACCUCUGAGCAGGACAACAGCAAGCCCAAAGCCACACGCAACAUUCUUCUCAUCAGACACUCCCAGUACAACCUGAGCGGGACCAGUGACAAAGAGAAGACUCUCACACCAUUAGGGCGUGAGCAGGCUGAGUUGACAGGUCAGAGGUUAGCAGCACUAGGACUGAAAUAUGAUGUCCUCAUCCACUCCAGCAUGGCCAGGGCUACAGAGACUGCACAUAUUAUCAGCAAACACCUCCCAGGAGUAGACCUGGUGAGGUGUGACUUGUUGAGAGAGGGCGCACCUAUUGAACCGGUUCCACCCGUCACUCACUGGAAGCCUGAUGCAGUGCAGUACCACGAAGAUGGAGCUCGCAUUGAGGCAGCCUUCCGCCGCUACAUCCACCGGGCUGACCCCAAGCAGAAGGAUGACAGCUAUGAGAUCAUCGUCUGUCAUGCCAAUGUCAUCCGUUAUUUUGUCUGCAGGGCUCUUCAAUUUCCCCCAGAAGGUUGGUUGCGUAUGGGCUUGAAUAACGGCAGCAUUACAUGGCUCACCAUUCGCCCGAGUGGCAGAGUGGCCCUCAGGACUCUGGGAGACUCAGGAUUCAUGCCUCCAGACAAACUUACACGGACCUAGUGACUGGAAACAGCAGGUUUCUGGAACAGGGUUAGCUGCAGGGUCAAAACUCAGUUCUCUCCUUAAGUGUCUUGAAAAUGAUUGUUUUUAUUUUGUAAGUGAUCAUCAUGUGAUCAGUGUUGUUGAAAUUACUUCCAUGCCAGCAGAAGUGAUCAACAGCGCAAAACACCUUCUGAAUGUGAUUUAGGAUUUUUACACAGAUGGAUUUUUAAACCAAAAAUACUGUUUGUAUAGCUGUUGUACAUGCAAUUCAUGCUGUUAGCUGUGCAUGUCUCUGCAGUGAAAGUUAUGUGCUGUUUAGCAAAAUUGUGGUAAAUAAAUGAUCUAUGGCUCA